UAGUUUUGUAUAAUACAAUAUAUACAAUUAUAAACAAUACAUUUUCUUACUAUUGACUGACAUUUUUACAUAUUUACAAUUUUCAAUAUGUAUCAAAGUUGGCAAUCGUUCACAACUAUUGAAUAGUUCAAGUGAUUCAAGUAAUUCGAAGAGAAUAGAAAUAUUUUACGAUGAGUCUUUUAACGCAUCUGUUUAGUCAUACUUUACAAAACUCUAAAUCUCUUGUAGGCAGUACUACUAGUAAUUUAGUCUGUGUAAGAUUGGCAUCAAAAAAAUCUAGUGGUUGUACAAGAAAUAAACCUGAUAACCGAAGACCAAAACAUAGAGGAUGGCGUGUACAGGAUGGAGAAUUUGUUAGAAAGUCAACGAUAUUAGCCACUCAACUUAGGCCCAGAUUUCAUCCAGGACUUUAUGUUGGUAUGGGUAGAGAUGGUACGUUAUAUGCUCUGGAAGCUGGAAAAGUAAUGGUUACUUGUGAAAAGAUUGAUCCAAAUUUUAAACAUGGAUGGGCUAUAAUGAACUAUGCUGGCAGAGAAGACAGUACUAUAUAUAAGAAAUACUUUAAUGUUAUACCUGAACCAGAACAUGAUAGAUUUAUUGCAGUUGAUACUGUUUAAAUAAAACUUCAUAACUAUAUUUAUUGUAUAAAUUGAAAAUAUAGGUAUAUAAUAAUUAAGAAU